UGAAUUCUGUGAUUUUUUUUUUUAAUGGCCUCCUCAGAAGGGAGGAGGGCCGGGUGUUUAUAUAGUGGCCUGGGACCCUCACCGUAAUCUUCCUCUCUACCUGAGGGCCACCUCCAAGGUCCCCCAUGGCUCCUCUAGUUUGGAUUCUGAUGCUGCUGGUGGGGGCUGCCUGGGGCGAGGACCAAGUAACUGCCUCUGUAUGGAGACAGAACUCUCUGGACCCAAAAGUGAUGAUGCGCACUUCGAGGGAGAGCUCCAUUGUCUCGAAGUGUGACUUUGAAGAUAAUUCCAGACCUCUCUGUGACUGGUCUCAAAUGUCUGCAGAUGAUGGGGACUGGGUUCGAACUACUGGGCCCUCCCGCACGGGCACUUCUGGCCCCCCAGGGGGCUACCCCAAUGGAGAGGGCUACUACCUGCACAUGGAUGCCAACACCUUCCCUCGGGGCGGGGUGGCACGUUUGCGCAGCCCUGACAUAUGGGAGCAAGGUCCACUCUGCAUCCGUUUCGCCUUCCACAUGUUUGGGCUGUCAUGGGGUGCCCAGCUCAGACUGCUGCUGCUCAGGGGCCGGAAGCACCCCCGGCCCAACGUGCUCUGGAAACACUUGAACACCCAGAGUCCAUCUUGGAUGCCCACCGCUGUCACUGUGCCAGCAGACCGUGACAUACCAAGCUGGCUGAUGUUUGAGGGCAUGAGGGGAAACACCGCCUACCUGGACAUCUCUCUGGAUGGCCUCUCAAUCCGGCGGGGUACCUGCAACCAGAUCUGCAUGUCCCAGAUGUGCACCUUUGAUACUCUAAAUGAUCUCUGCGGAUGGAGCUGGGUCCCAACUGCCACCGGGGCUAAGUGGACCCAGAAGAAGGGCUCAUCGGGGGAGUUUGGUGUGGGGCCUGAUGAUGACUUCUCCAGCCCUGGUAGUGGCUACUACAUGCUCCUGGACUCCGCGAACGCACGGCCAGGACAGAAAGCCGUACUUCUGAGUCCCCUCAGCCAUUCCAGCGGCUGUCUGACCCUGUCUUUCAGCUACAUCAUGCGCGGCCGGUCGCCCGGCGAAGGCCUUUUCGUCUAUGCUACAUUCUUGGGCAACAUCCGGAAACACACUCUCUUCUCAGGACACCCUGGACCCAGUUGGCAGACUGUGUCUGUCAAUUAUACGGGACAGGGACAGAUACAGUUCAUGGUGGUGGGUAUGUUUGGAGAGAUACCAGAGCCGGCAAUAGCUGUGGAUGCGAUCAGCAUUGCUCCCUGUGGGGAGAGCUUUCCUCAGUGCAGCUUUGAAGACAGUACUCAUCCUUUCUGUGACUGGAACCAUGUGCUUGGAGACCCCGGACACUGGAGCUGGGGAAGCAAAAGCGUACCCACCCCCAUCUCAGGGCCCCCAAGAGAGUUCCCAUAUGGAGGGGAUCAUUAUAUUUACUUCGAUUCAGUCAAGUUAUCCCAGGCAGGACAGUCUGCCAAGUUGGUGAGUCCACCCUUCUGUGCCCCUGGGGACGUCUGUGUGGAGUUCGCUUACCACAUGUAUGGCCUUGGAGAAGGGACCACACUCAAGCUCAUGUUGGGGAGUCCCGCGGGCAGUUCGCCCGUUUCCCUGUGGAGCCGUGUUGGAUCUCAGAGCACUAGCUGGGUGAACAGCUCUGUCACCAUCCCGAAGGGACAUCAGCAGCCCAUGCAGUUGUUUCUCGAGGCCACCCGGGGUACCAGCACCGCCUUUGUCGUAGCUGUGAAUUUUAUCUUCAUCACUCAUGGACCAUGUCGGGGUAAGAUGAAACUCGAGGGCCCAGCAUCUCCCACCCUUAGUACCGGGAAUAGAACCCCGUGCCUCCUCGUACCUGCCGGGCAAGCAUUCCUGUGCUCUGAUCCAGAACCUUCCUUCUCUAGUGUAUCGCAGCAGACAGAGAUUCUACCUACUGGUCCUUCUGAAAACAUUGUCCUUAUAGUCCCCACAGAAGCAACCCCUAUUUCUGUAGAAAUAUCCUCCACUCACACUGAAGAGACCAUCACCCCUACAGAAGUGGCCGCUGUAACCACAGAAGUGACCAGUGUCUCUCCUGAAGGGACCAGUGUCCUUCAGGAAAGCGUACCUACAGAAGUGACCAGUGUCUCUCCUGAAGGGACCAGUGUCCUUCAGGAAAGCAUACCUACAGAAGUGACCAGUAUCUCUCCUGAAGGGACCAGUGUCCUUCAGGAAAGCAUACCUACAGAAGUGACCAGUGUCUCUCCUGAAGGGACCAGUGUCCUUCAGGAAAGCAUACCUACAGAAGUGACCAGUGUCUCUCCUGAAGGGACCAGUGUCCUUCAGGAAAGCAUACCUACAGAAGUGACCAGUGUCUCUCCUGAAGGGACCAGUGUCCUUCAGGAGAGCAUACCUACAGAAGUGACUGCUGUCCCCACAGAAGUGACUGCUCUCACCACAGAAGGGACCACUGUCACUACAGAAGUGACCACUGUCUCUCCUGAAGGGUCCAUCAUCCCUACAGAAGUGACCACUGUCUCUACUGAAGAGACUGCCACCUCUACAGAAGUGACCACUGUCUCUCCUGAAGGGAUCACCAUCCCUACAGAAGUGACGACUGUCUCUACUGAAGAGACUGCCACCUCUACAGAAGUGACCACUGUCUCUCCUGAGGAGACCACCACCUCUACAGAAGUGACCACUGUCUCUCCUGAAGGGAUCACCAUCCCUACAGAAGUGACCACUGUUUCUACUAAGGAGACCACCACCUCUACAGAAGUGACCACUGUCUCUCCUGAAGGGAUCACCAUCCCUACAGAAGUGACGACUGUCUCUACUGAAGAGACUGCCACCUCUACAGAAGUGACCACUGUCUCUCCUGAGGAGACCACCACCUCUACAGAAUUGACCACUGUCUCUACUGAAGAGACUACCACCUCUACAGAAGUGACCACUGUCUCUCCUGAGGAGACCACCACCUCUACAGAAGUGACCACUGUUUCUCCUGAGGAGUCUACCACCCCUCCUGUAGAGAUCACUAUCUCCUCUGAAGAGACCACUGUUCUUACAGAGCAAUCUACUGUCCUCAUGCAAAUGCCCACAACAUGUAGACCACCCUGUCCAAGCCCUUCACAGGUUCCAGGUGUCUUGACAACCAGCAUGGCCACAUCUACAGGUAUGUCUGCCACAGGGAUGAGCUGCCCCGCAAAUGCCCACCUUGAACUGUGUGCAUGCCCUGCAUCCUGUGAGAGCCCCAAGCCCAGCUGCCAGUCCCCCUGCAGUCCGGGCUGUGUCUGCAAUCCUGGGUUUUUGUUUAGUAACAAUCAAUGCAUCAACGAGUCUGCCUGCAAUUGCUUCUACAACAACAAGUACUACCAGCCUGGGGAAGAAUGGUUCAGUCCCAACUGCACAGAGCGGUGCCGCUGCAUGCCCGGUAGCCGGAUGGAGUGCCAGAUCUCUCAGUGCGGGACACACACUGUCUGCCAGCUGCAGAAUGGCCAGUAUGAAUGCCAGCCCUAUGGUAGUGCUACCUGCCUGGUCUAUGGGGACCUUCAUUUUGUCACCUUUGAUGAGAGGGACAUUGACUUCACAGGGACAUGUACCUAUAUCUUGACCCAUAUCUGCGAGAACACCACAGAACCAUCCUUUAAGAUAACUGCCAGCACUGAGGAACGUGGAGUAGAAGGUGUAUCCUCCCUGGACAAAGUCUUCAUCACCCUGCCAGAGACUACCAUUACCAUGAUCAGGGACAGAUACACACUGAUUGCAGAACAGAGAGUCACCCUCCCAGUGAUACCUUCAAAUGGCAUCUUUGUGGGUCUAAGCGGGCGAUUUGUGGAGCUGAGGACAUCAUUUGGUUUACGUGUGAGAUGGGAUGGUGACAAGCAGCUUUUUGUGACUGUGCCCAGUACCUACUCAGGCAAACUCUGUGGUUUCUGUGGGAACUAUGACGGGGACAGCAGCAAUGAUUACCGGAAGCCGGAUGGCACAAUGACACAUGAUGAGGAUGAGCUGGGGAAGAGCUGGCAGGUAGAAGAGGAAGAGGACAAGAAGUGUCAGAACAAGAAGAGCCCCCCAUCUUGUGACUCAGCCUUGGGGAGAACUAUGUCGGGGUCCAACUUAUGUGGCCAGCUUGUUGACCCAAAAGGAACCUUUGAGGCAUGCCUGCUCUACAUGAAGGCCUCAUCCUUCUUGGAUAACUGUGUAACGGACAUGUGUAGCUUCCAGGGGCUCCAGCAGAUGCUCUGUGCUCAUAUGUCGGCCAUGACUGCCACCUGCCAAGAAGCCGGCUAUGCCGUGAAGCCCUGGAGGGGACCCGAGUUCUGUCCCUUGGACUGCCCUCAAAAUAGCAGGUACUCCCUGUGUGCCAAACCAUGCCCGGACACCUGCCAUCCUGGAUCUGCUCUCCAGCCCUGCCCAGAACAGUGUGUGGAAGGCUGCGAGUGUGACCCUGGCUUCAUCCUCAGUGGUUUUGAGUGUGUCCCUCGAUCGCAGUGUGGGUGCACCAAUGUUGAGGGACGCUACUUUAAGAUACAGGAGCAGUGGUUUAAUCCAGACUGCAAAGAGAUCUGCAUUUGUGAAGGCAACAACAGUAUUCGCUGCUGGCCCUGGAAGUGUAAGGCCCAGGAAGCCUGCAGCCAUAAGGAAGGCAUAUUAGGCUGUCAUGCCCAAGGUGAAGCCACCUGCAUUGCCUCCGGUGACCCCCACUACCUGACAUUUGAUGGAGCUUUGCAUCAUUUUAUGGGCACCUGCACUUACGUCCUGACCCGGCCUUGCUGGUCCAAUUCUCUAGACAACUUUGUUGUGAGUGCCACCAAUGAGAUCCGUGAUGGCAACUUGGAAGUCUCCAGCAUCAGAGCUGUCCACGUGCAGGUCUUUGACCUCAAAAUCUCCCUGUUCAAAGGUCGAAGGGUCAUGCUGAACAACCAACGGGUGGCACUACCUGUGUGGCCUUUGAAAGGACGGGUGGCCAUUAGGUUGAGCGGCAUCUUUGUCCUGCUCUACACGAACUUUGGGCUUCAAGUUCGAUAUGAUGGAAACCACCUAGUGGAGGUGACAGUGCCUUCCUCGUACACUGGCUCACUCUGUGGGCUGUGUGGGAACUACAACAAUAACAGUUUGGAUGACAAUCUGCGUCCAGACGGGAAGCCUGCAGGCAACUCACUUCUGCUGGGAACUUCUUGGAAAAUACUUGAAGCCUCUGAUCCUGGCUGCUUUGUAGCCGGGGGCAAGUCUUCCAGUUGUGAAGAGAACAACAUGGACGAGAGCUGGAGUAAAAAAUGCUCCAUCUUGAUGAACCCUCUUGGGCCUUUCUCCAAUUGCCACGAGGCGGUGCCCCCGCAGGCCAGCUUCUCCAGUUGUGUGUAUGGCCAGUGUGGGACCAAAGGGGACACCCUGGCCCUGUGCCGCUCUCUGCAGGCCUACGCAUCCCUGUGUGCCCAAGCUGGCCAGGUGACUACCUGGCGCAACAGCACCUUCUGCCCUCUGAGGUGCCCACCCAUGAGCAGCUACAACCCAUGUGCCAACCCCUGCCCAGCCACCUGCCUCACCCUAAGCACCCCAAGAGACUGUCCAGACCUGCCCUGUGUCGAGGGCUGUGAAUGCCAGAAAGGCCACAUCCUGAGUGGAACCACCUGUGUGCCCCUCAGACAGUGUGGCUGCAGCGACCAGGACGGCUCCUACCACCUGUUGGGGGAGAGCUGGUACACAGAGAAGACCUGCACCACCCUCUGCACAUGCUCAGUCCACAGCAAUGUCACCUGCAGCAACAUGGCCUGUGAGGCCAACCAAGUGUGCCUGCGCCAGGAUGGGCUGCUGCGCUGUGCUGCAGAGAUGGCAGAGUGUCACAUCUCAGAGGAUUCUCAGAUUGUGAGCUUUGAUGGCCAUAGCCAUCCUAUCCAAGACACAUGUACUUACAUCAUGGUCAAAGUGUGCCACCCCAACAUGAACCUGCCUUUCUUCACGAUCAGUGCCAAGACUAGCAGGGACACCCACAGUAAAAUCAAGACUUUCAGUGUCUAUCAGCUAUACAUUGACAUCUUCAGCUUCCGAGUCAUUCUGCAGAGAGACCAUUUAGUUCUGAUCAAUAACACGCCAGUCACCCUUCCUGCCACGACCCAGAUCCCGGGAGUCAGCAUCACGACCGAAGAUGUCUAUACCAUUGUCACAAUUAAGGACGAAGUUCAAGUCAAAUUUGAGAGCAACAGUUUCUUAGAUAUCAAAAUUCCUGCAUCCUCUAAUGGAAAGGUCUGUGGGGUGUGCGGGAAUUUCAAUAGCGAAGAAGAGGAUGAACUCAUGACAUCCAGUGAUGAACUAGCUUAUGAUGAGGAGGAGUUCAUGGAGAGCUGGAAAGAUAAGGACAUCGACCCCAAUUGCCAGAACAUGGAAGAGCAGAGCCUCCAAGUGGAGCAGCAGGAGAUCAUGAAUGGAAAGUGCAAGGUCAUUGACUUCGAGAAAGCCCUGGCAUACUGCCAGGCCGCCCUCCAGAGUUCUGCCUGGGCCCAGUGUGCUGCCCGGGUACCCCUCAAGCCCUUCCUGCUGGGAUGUAUGAAAAACUUCUGUGAAUUCAAAGAGCUCUUCCGUGCCCUCUGUGAGGCUCUGCAGUCCUUCGAGGAUGCCUGUCAGAACCACGGGCUCAAGCCGCCCAUCUGGAGGAACAGCAGCUUCUGUGCUCUGGAAUGCCCAGCUCACAGUCACUACACAAACUGCCUUCCCUCCUGUCCACCUUCCUGCUUGGACCCGGACAGCCGCUGUGAGGGCUCUGGUCAUAAAGUCCCUGCCACCUGCAGGGAGGGUUGCAUUUGUCAACCGGGCUACGUGCUGAACAAUGACAAGUGUGUGCUCAAAACUCACUGUGGCUGCAAAGACGCCCAGGGUGUCUUCGUCCCGGAAGGCAAGAACUGGAUCUCCAGCAGCUGUACCCAGAACUGUGUCUGCAUUGGAGGGGCCAUCGAGUGCCAGAAUUUCCAGUGCCCCUUGGGGGCUCAGUGCCAGGAGAACGAGGACGGCAGCAGUAACUGUGUCAAAAUCACUCUGCAGUGCCCGGCCCACAGCCUCUACACCAGCUGCCUUCCCUCCUGUCUGCCUUCCUGCUCCAACCUGGAUGACCACUGCAAGGGCACCAGCCCCAGCCUCCCUUCCACCUGCAAAGAAGGCUGCCUCUGCCUCCCUGGCUUUGUGCUUGAUAAGGACAAGUGUGUACCCAGAAUUCACUGUGGCUGCAAAGACACCCAGGGUGCCUUCAUCCCAGCAGGCAAGACUUGGACCUCCAGAGGCUGCACCCAGAGCUGUACCUGUAUGAGAGGGGCCAUCAGGUGCCGGAAUUUCCAGUGUCCCUCAGGGACUCACUGCAAGGACAGCAAUGAUGGCAGCAGUCAGUGUGUCAAAAUCACUUUCCAAUGCCCUGCCCACAGCCAGUACACCACCUGCCUUCCCUCCUGUCUACCUUCCUGCUCGGACCCUGAUGCCCACUGUGAGGGCACCAUCACCAAAGUCCCCUCUACCUGCAAGAAGGGCUGCAUCUGUCAACCUGGCUAUGUGUUGGAUAAAGACAAGUGUGUGCUCAGAAUUGAGUGUGAUUGCCAAGACACCCAGGGUGCCUUCAUCCCGUCAGGCAAGACCUGGACUUCUAGGGGCUGCACCCAGAGCUGUACCUGCGUGGGAGGCGUCAUCCAGUGCAGGACUUUCCAGUGUUCCCCAGGGACCUACUGCAAGGACAGUGAUGAUGGCAGCAGUCACUGCGCCAAAAUCACUCUGCAGUGCCCAGCGCACAGCCAGUACACCGACUGCCUGCCCUCCUGUCCACCUUCCUGCCUGGACCCAGAAGGACACUGUGAGGGCACCAUCACCAAAGCCCCCUCUACCUGUGAGGAGGGCUGCACCUGCCAACAUGGCUAUGUGCUGCAUAAUGACAAGUGUGUGCCCAGAAUUGAGUGUGGCUGCCAAGACACCCAGGGUGUCCUCAUCCCGGCGGACAAGACCUGGAUCAACAGAGGCUGUUCACAAACCUGUACCUGUGUGGGAGGGGUCAUCCACUGCAGGGAGUUCCAGUGUCCCUCGGGGACUUUCUGCAGCGACAUGGAGGACAGCAACAGUAACUGCACCAAAAUCACUCUGCAGUGCCCGGCCCACAGCCAGUUCACGGACUGCCUUCCCUCCUGUCUGCCUUCCUGCUCCAACCCGGAGGGUCACUGUGAGGACGUCAGCACCAAAGUCCCCUCCAGCUGCAAGGAGGGUUGCCGCUGUCAUCCAGGCUUUGUGUUGAAUGAGGACAAGUGUAUACCCAGAAUUCAGUGUGGCUGCAAAGACACCCAGGGUAUCUUCAUCCCGGCAGGCAAGACCUGGAUCUCCAGAGGCUGCACCCAGAGCUGUGCCUGCACGGGAGGCACCAUCCAGUGCCAGAAUUUCCGGUGUCCCCAAGGGACCUAUUGCCACGACACCAAUGACGGCAACAGUAACUGCACCAAAAUCACUCUGCAGUGCCCUGCCCACAGCAUAUUCACCAGCUGCCUACCUUCCUGCCUGCCUUCCUGCUGGGACCCAGAAGGCCUCUGUAGUGGCACCAGCCAUAACGUCCCCUCCACCUGCAAAGAAGGCUGCGUCUGUCAACCUGCCUAUCUGCUAUACAACGACAAGUGUGUGCUCAAAAUUCAGUGUGGCUGCAAAGAUGCCCAGGGUGUUCUCAUCUCAGCAGACAAGAACUGGAUCAACAGAGGCUGCACCCAGAGCUGUACCUGCUCAGGAGGGGCCAUCCUGUGCAAGGAAUUCCAGUGUCCUCCAGAGACUUACUGCAAGGACCUGGAGGAUGGCAACAGUAACUGCGCCAAAAUCACUCUGCAGUGCCCAGCCCACAGCUACUACACCAACUGCCUUCCCUCCUGUCAACCUUCCUGCUCGGACCCUGAUGGCCACUGUGAGGGCACCAUCACCAAAGUCCCCUCCACUUGCAAGGAGGGCUGCCUCUGUCAACCUGGCUUUGUGCUGUACAACGACAAGUGUGUGCUCAGAAUUGAGUGUGGCUGCAAAGAUGCUCAGGGUGUUCUCGUCCCGGCAGAUAAGACCUGGAUCAACAGAGGCUGCACCCAGAGCUGUACCUGCUCAGGAGGGGCCAUCCAGUGCCAGACUUUCCAGUGUCCCUCAGAGACUUACUGCAAGGACACCGAGGAUGGCAACAGUAACUGUGCCAAAAUCACUAUGCAUUGCCCUGCCCACAGCCGCUACACCAACUGCCUACCUUCUUGUCUGGCUUCCUGCUUGGACCCAGAAGGCCAGUGUAUGGGCUCCAGCACCACAGCCCCCUCCACCUGUAAGGAGGGCUGUGUCUGCCUAUCUGGCUUUGUGCUGCAUGAAGACAAGUGUAUGCUCAGAAUUCAGUGUGGCUGCAAAGAUGCCCAGGGUACUCUCAUCCGGGCAGACAAGACCUGGAUCAACAGAGGCUGCACCCAGAGCUGUACCUGCUCAGGAGGGGCCAUCCUGUGCAAGGAAUUCCAGUGUCCUCCAGAGACUUACUGCAAGGACAGUGAGGAUGGCAACAGUAACUGUGCCAAAAUCACUCUGCAUUGCCCAGCCAACAGCUACUUCACGGCCUGCCUGCCCUCCUGUCAGCCCUCCUGCUCUAAUAUGAAUGGCCACUGUGAGGGCCCCAGCACUAGAGCCUCCUCCACCUGCAGGGAGGGCUGUGUCUGUCAAUCUGGCUUUGUGCUGCAUGACGACAAGUGUGUACCCAGAAGUCAGUGUGGCUGCCAAGAUGCCCAGGGUGCUCUCAUCCCGGAAGGCAAGACCUGGAUCACCAGAGGCUGUGCUCAGAGUUGUGACUGCGUGGGAGGGGUCAUCCAGUGCAGGACUUUCCAGUGUCCCUCGGGGACCUACUGCAAGGACAGUGAGGAUGGCAACAGUCACUGCGCCAAAAUCACUCUGCAGUGUCCGGCCCACAGCCGCUACACCAACUGCCUUCCCUCCUGUCCACCCACGUGCUUGGACCCAGAGGGACUCUGUGGGGGCACCAGCCCUAAAGUCCCCUCCACCUGCAAGGAGGGUUGUGUCUGUCGAGCUGGCUUUGUGCUACAUAAUGACAAGUGUAUGCUCAGAAUUCUGUGUAGCUGCAGAGAUGACCAGGGUGUUAUCAUCCCGGCAGACAAGACCUGGAUCAACAGAGGCUGCACCCAGAGCUGUACCUGUGUAGCAGGGACAAUCCACUGCAGGAAUAUGCAGUGUCCCUCAGGGACUUACUGCAAGAACAUGGCUGAUGGCAGCAGUAACUGCACCAAGAUCACUCUGCAGUGCCCGGCCCACAGCCAGUUCACGGACUGCCUUCCCUCCUGUCUGCCUUCCUGCUCCAACCACUGUGAGGACAUCAGCACCAAAGUCCCCUCCAGCUGCAAGGAGGGCUGUGUCUGCGACCACGGCUUUGUGCUCAACGAGGACAAGUGUGUGCCUAGAAUUCAGUGUGGCUGCAAAGACACCAGGGGUGACUUCAUUCCACCAGGCAAGACUUGGACCUCCAGAGGCUGCACCCAGAGCUGUGCCUGUGUGGAAGGUGACGUCCACUGUAAGAAUUUCCAGUGUCCCUCAGGGACUUACUGCAAGGACACCAGUGAUGACAGCAGUACUUGCACCAAGAUCACUCUGCAGUGCCCAGACCACACCCACUACACCAGCUGCCUACCCUCCUGUCAGCCCUCCUGCUCCGACCCAGAAGGCCUCUGCAAAGGCACCAGCCUUAAAGUCCCCUUCACCUGUAAGGAGGGCUGUGUCUGCCAACCUGACUACGUGCUGCAUAAUGACAAGUGUGUGCUCAGAAGUCACUGUGACUGCAGAGAUGCCCGGGGUGUCCUCAUCCCGGCAGGCAAGACAUGGACCUCCACAGGCUGUACCCAGAGCUGUACCUGCAUGGGAGGAGCUGUUCAGUGCCAGGAUUUCCAGUGUCCCUCAGAGACUUACUGCAAGGACAAUAAGGACGGCACCAGUAACUGUGUUAAAAUAACUCUGCAGUGCCCAACCCACAGCCUAUUCACUGACUGCCUACCCCCUUGUCUACCUACCUGCUUGGACCCGGAUGGCCUCUGUAAGGGAACCAGUCCCAAAGUCCCCUCCACUUGCAAGGAGGGCUGCAUCUGUCAAUCUGGCUAUGUGCUGCAGAAUGACAAGUGUAUACUCAGAACUCUGUGUGGCUGCAAAGAUGCCCAGGGUGCUCUUAUCCCAGAAGGCAAGACCUGGGUCUCCAAAGGCUGUACCCAGAGCUGUGCCUGCACAGGAGGGAGCAUCCACUGCCUGGAUUUCCAGUGUCCCCCAGGGACUCACUGCAAGGAUGACAAUGACGGCAGCAAUCACUGUGAUGAAAUCCCUCUACAGUGUCCAGCCAACAGCAGCUUCACCGACUGCCUUCCCUCCUGCCCACCCUCUUGCUUGGACCCAGAGGGCCACUGUGGAGGCUCCGGCCUCAAAGUCCCCUCCACUUGCAAGGAAGGCUGCCUCUGCCACUCUGGCUUUGUGCUUGAUAACGACAAGUGUGUCCCCAGAAUUCACUGUGGCUGCAAAGGUGCCCAGGGUGCUCUCAUCCCGGCAGGCAAGACAUGGACUGCUAGAGGCUGUACCCAGAGCUGUACCUGCAUGGGAGGAGCUGUUCAGUGCCGACAUUUCCAGUGUCCUUCAGAGACUUACUGCAAGGACAAUAAGGACGGCACCAGUAACUGUGUUAAAAUAACUCUGCAGUGCCCGGCCCACAGCCUCUACACCGACUGCCUGCCCUCCUGUCCACCUUCCUGCUCGGACCCAGAUGCCCACUGUGAAGGCACCAGCCCUAAAGUCCCUUCUACCUGCAAGGAGGGCUGCAUCUGUCAACCGGGCUAUGUGCUGAGUAAUGACAAGUGUGUGCUCAAAACCGAGUGUGACUGCAAAGACGCCCAGGGUCCUCUCAUUCCAGCAGGCAAGACCUGGAUCACCAGAGGCUGCACCCAGAGCUGUGCUUGCAUGGGAGGCACCAUCCACUGCCAGAAUUUCCAGUGUCCCCAAGGGACUUACUGCAAGGACAACAAUGAUGGCAGCAGUCACUGUGCUAAAAUCACUCUGCAGUGCCCAGACCACAGCCACUUCACUGACUGCCUUCCCUCCUGUCCACCUUCCUGUGCCGAUCUGGAUGCCCACUGUGAGCACACCAGUCCCAAAGUCCCCUCCACCUGCAAGGAGGGCUGCCUCUGUCAACCUGGCUACUUCCUGAACAAUGACAAGUGUGUGCUCCGAAUUCACUGUGACUGCAAAGAUGUCCAUGGAAGCCUCAUUCCGGCAGGCAAGACCUGGAUCUCCAAGGGCUGUACCCAGGACUGUGCCUGCACAGGAGGAGCUGUCCAGUGCCAGAAUUUCCAGUGUCCCUCAGGGACCUUCUGCAAGGACAGUAGUGAUGGCAACAGUCACUGUGUCAAAAUCACUCUGCAGUGCCCGGCCCACAGCCAGUUCACCAGCUGCCUUCCCUCCUGUCCACCUUCCUGUUCCGUUCUGGAUGGCCACUGUGAGGACAACAGCUCCAAAGUCCCCUCCACCUGUAAGGAAGGCUGCCUCUGUCAGCCUGGCUACCUGUUGAAUAAUGACAAGUGUGUGCUCCGAAUCCAGUGCAGCUGCAAAGACGCCCACGGUGGCCUCAUUCCCGCAGGCAAGACCUGGAUCACCAGAGGCUGCACGGAGAGCUGUAACUGCAUGGGAGGGACCAUCCAGUGCAGGACUUUCCAGUGUUCCCCAGGGACCUACUGCAAGGACAGCAGUGACGGCAACAGUCACUGUGUCAAAAUCACUCUGCAGUGUCCCGCCCACAGCCGCUACACCAACUGCCUUCCCCCAUGUCCACCUUCCUGUACCGAUCUGGAUGGCCACUGUGAGGGCACCAGCCCCCAAGUCCCCUCCACCUGCAAGGAGGGCUGCCUCUGCCAGCCUGGCUACGUGGUGAAUAAUGGCAAGUGUGUGCUCCAAAUUCACUGUGGCUGCAAAGAUGCCCAGGGUGCUCUUGUUCCGGCAGGCGAGACCUGGGUCUCGAGUGGCUGCACCCAGAGCUGUACCUGCGUGGGAGGGGCCAUCCAAUGUCGAAGCUUCAGCUGCCCCCCAGGGACUCAGUGCCAGGAUGGCCAGGAUGGCCACGUUAACUGCACCAAAAUACCUCUGCAGUGCCCCGCCCACAGCCGCUACACCAACUGCCUACCUUCUUGUAUACCUUCCUGCUCGGACCCAGAAGGCCUCUGUGGGGGCACCAGCCCAACAGUCCCCUCCACCUGUAAGGAGGGUUGUAUCUGUCGAGCUGGCUUUGUGCUACAUAAUGACAAGUGUGUGCUCAGAAUUCUGUGUGGUUGCAAAGACGCCCAGGGUGCUCUUAUCCCGGCAGAGAAGACCUGGCUCACCAGAGGCUGUACCCAGAACUGUACCUGUGUGGCAGGGAACAUUCAUUGCCGGAAUAUCCAGUGUCCCUUGGGGACUCACUGCAAGGACGAUAGUGAUGGCAGUAGUCACUGUGUCAAAGUUGCUCUGAAAUGCCCAACCCACAGCUACUACACCAACUGCCUUCCUUCCUGUAUCCCAUCCUGCUCCAACCUGAAUGAGCACUGUGAGGUCCCCAGCGUCACAGGCCCCUCCACCUGCAAAGAAGGCUGCCUCUGUCAGUCUGGCUUUGUGCUCAAUAAGGACAAGUGUGUGCUCAGAAUUCAGUGUGGCUGCAAAGACGCCCAGGGUGCCCCCAUUCCGGCAGGCAAGACCUGGAUUGCCACAGGCUGUUCCCAGAAAUGUACCUGCGAGGGAGGACUUGUUCAGUGCCAUGAGUUCGAGUGCCCCUCAGGGACUCAGUGCCAGGACAUCGAGGAUGGCAGCAGUGACUGUGCCGAAAUCACCCCUCCAUGCCCAGCCUACAGCCACUUCACCGACUGCCUGCCCUCCUGUCUGCCUUCCUGCUUGGAUCCUGAUGGGCACUGUGAGGGCACCAGCCCCAAAGUCCCUGCCAUCUGCAAGUCAGGCUGCCUCUGUCAACCUGGCUAUGUGCUGGAUAACGACAAGUGUAUCCCCAGAAUUGCAUGUGGCUGCAAAGAUCCCCAGGGCACUCUCAUUCCAGAAAGCAAGACGUGGAUCUCCAGUGGGUGUACCCAGAGCUGUAACUGCAGGGGAGGGACUGUUCAGUGUCAGGACUUCAAAUGCCCAGCAGGGACCCAUUGCCAGCACAGUGUAGAUGGCAGCAGUCACUGUGCCAGCGAUGCUCUGAAAUGCCCGGCCCACAGCCUCUACACCGCCUGCCUUCCGUCCUGUCUGCCUUCCUGCUCGGACCCAGAGGGCCUCUGCGAUGGCUCCAGCACCAAGGUCCCCUCCUCCUGCAGGGAGGGCUGUGUCUGCCGAUCUGGCUAUGUGCUGCAUGAAGACAAGUGUGUGCUUAGAAUUCACUGUGCCUGCAAAGUCUCCCAUGGUAGCCUCAUCCAGACCGGCCAGACAUGGAUCUCCACUCACUGUACCCAGAUUUGUGCAUGCAAGGGAGGACUCUUUCAGUGCCAAAAAUUCCAGUGCCCCUCGGGGACCCAGUGCGAAAAAUAUGAAGAUGGCAGCAGUAACUGUGUCUCCAACACUCUGAAGUGCCCAGACAAUAGCCUCUACACCACCUGCCUUCCCCCCUGUCUACCUUCCUGCUCCAACCCGAAUGGGCACUGUGAGGGCAUCAGCACCAAAGUCGCCCCCACCUGCAAGGAGGGCUGUGUCUGUCGACCUGGCUACCUGCUCAAUAAGGACACAUGCGUGCAUAGAGACCAAUGUGGCUGCAAGGAUGUCAAGGGUGACCUCAUUCCGGCAGGCAAGGCCUGGAUCUCUAGUGGCUGCACCCAGAGCUGUGCCUGCGUGAGUGGGGACAUUCAGUGCCGCGACUUCAGCUGCCCGUCGGGGACCCACUGCCAGCACAAUGAAGAUGGCAGCAGUAGCUGUGCCGCCAACAAAUUGGAAAAGUGUACCAUCUUUGGGGACCCCUAUUACCACACUUUUGAUGGCUUGAGCUACCGCUUCCUGGGUCGGAUGAACUACUACCUCAUCAAGACAGUGGACAAGCUCCCAGAGGGGGUGGAGCCCCUGGUCAUAGAGGGGCGCAACAAAGUGACCUCCACAGAGAGUCCAACUUUGCACGAAGUGACCACCAUCGUCUAUGGCUAUAAAAUCCAGCUCCAAGAAGGGCUGCUAGUUUUGGUCAACAAUCAAAAGGUGUCGGUCCCCUACAAUCCGAACAACCACCUGCAGAUCAUCUUGCGGGCACAGCGGCUGUUUCUCAUCACUGACUUUGAAAUGGUGGUGGACUUUGACGGAGAGCACAAUGCAGUGAUCUCCUUGCCUACCAUGUACCAUGGGCUGGUACGGGGCCUGUGUGGAAACUAUGACAAGAACCGAGACAAUGAUUUCAUGUUGCCCAAUGGAAUGCUCACCUCAAACCUCAAUACCUUUGGCGACAGUUGGGAGGUGAAGGUGGAUACCCUCUUCCGAUUGCCAAGGGCCCUGCCAGAAGCAGUCGGAGGAGAGGAGGAGCCUGACCUCCUGCUCUCAGAGUGCAGCCCAGAGCAGACAGCGCUCAUCAGCAGCACCCAGGCCUGUAGAGUGCUGGUGGACCCCCAGGGCCCCUUUGCUGCCUGUCACCAGAUUAUAGCCCCAGAGCCCUUCGAGCGGCACUGUAUGUCUGACAUGUGCGCUGGAUGGAAAACCAAAGAAGAAGAGGAACUUCGCUGCCGGGUCCUCAGUGGAUAUGCCAUCAUUUGCCAGGAGGCCGGUGCCAACAUGACUGGCUGGCGGGACCAGACACACUGUGCCAUGACAUGCCCUGCCAAUACUGUGUACCAGCGCUGUAUGACGCCCUGCCCAGCAUCCUGUGCCAAAUUUGUGACCCCCAAGGUCUGUGAAGGCCCCUGUGUGGAGGGCUGUGCCAGUAUCCCAGGCUACAUCUACAGUGAUACCCAGAGCCUCCCAGUGACACACUGCGGCUGCACUGCCAGUGGCAUCUAUUACAAGCUGGGUGACAGCUUUGUAACUGAUGACUGCACCCAGCAAUGCACCUGUGCAAGCCAGGGGACCCUGCUGUGUGAGCCCUAUGGCUGCAGAGCUGGAGAGUCCUGCACCGUGGCCAACUUUACUCGAGGCUGCUUCCGGGAUAGCCCGUGUCUACAGAACCCCUGUCACAACGAUGGCCGGUGUCAGGAGCAGGGGGCCACCUUCAUCUGCCACUGUGACCCUGGUUAUGGAGGAGUAUUGUGCACGGAACCUCGGGAUAUCCCACCCAGAAAAAAGCUAGAAUCCUCCAGCUUGGUGGCCAUCCUGCCAGGAGUGUUUGUGAUGGUGUUAGUCCCUGUCUUACUGCCCAGAAUGUAUGUUUACAUGACGACGAGAACUGCCAUGGCGAGGAGGAGUGGGGAGAAACUGUUGAGACAAAAUAGACAUAGGCUGGAGGACACAGAUGUUCCAGAGCCUGCCUUCAAAACCACCGAGUUCUGACUUACCCUCAAACAAACAGAUAAAAAUAAUUUAUUUUUUUAAA